AUGCAAAAAGGAUAUAAAAUUGUUUUAAAUGAGCGCAAAGUGCUGACAAAAUGUCUUAAAGCACCAUGGUAUUUGACUAAAUGUGGAUAUCGUCGUUUAUUUUGUUAUUAUACUAGAAAAACAUCUGAAAUUCAAAAACUUGAUGUUGAAGAAUUCACAGCUUUCAAGAAUGAUAUUUUAGACCUUGAAAAUUUCGAUCUACCAAUACCAGUAGCAAUAUCAGUAGUUAUUGCUUGGAUAUUUAUUUGUUCUGCGACAUUUUGUAUUUGGGAAAAAGACUGGGAUUACUUUGUUGCCUUUUAUUUUUUUUUCAUAUCUUUAAGCACAAUUGGCCUCGGAGAUAUUACUCCAACGCAACCAAAAUAUUUACUUAUGCUAUUUAUUUAUAUCAUCAUUGGUCUUGCAUUAGUUUCUAUGUGCAUUAAUUUGAUACAGGCACAAAUGGCAAAAACGUACGAAGUUGGACAAUUGGAUAAUUUAAGUUUAGCUUCAGCUAAUGUUGAUCAUUCAUUUGCUAAUAUAAAUAAGAAAAUUAGCAGAUUAAGCUCGGAUUCAAGUCGCCGAGCAUCAUUAGGCAUCUUCAAAAGUUCUAAAAAUAUUGCUUGUGGAAGUAGUAGUAAGCGUUCAAUAUCUCGAGAAACUGUACGUAAUGCUUUGUUCGACAAAAAAAAUUUAAAUAAAUGUACACAAACAAUGCUUUCCUUUCCAAGUCCAUCAAGAAGUUCAACUAUUUAUAGACAUGCUCAUAAUUCUAAGAUAAAGUUUUUACCUCGAAAUUUAUCACUUGAUGAUGUCAUGAAGUUGGUAGAUACUGAAGAAGGUGAUAUUAUAGUAUUGACUGACCUUAUCCGGGAUGAAAGCAAUACUUCGGAUCUUUCUGAUGUUAGCGAUAUUAGUAAUCAAUCCGACUUGACUAUUAAGCCAUACUCACGCUCAUCUCUUCUGCCUAAUUCACCUUCGACAUAUCAUAUUAAGAAUACAUUUUGCAAUCAUUUUUGUCCAACUGGAUCAUACUUUACACCAUCAAUGCACGAUAUUGAAGCAUUUGAAGAAAUUGAAGACCAAAUCCUCUUAGAAAAGAUAAAUACAGUCAGCAAUCUUUCAGGUGUUCAUUUCAGAUCACGAUUAAGUUUGAUACCUGAAAUACACAAUGCGAAGGAUGAAGAUUAUGCAAAUGAAGAAAAUACUAAUGAUACUCAAUUAUUGGGAAGUAAACUUUCUGUGGAACGUCAAACUUCUAUGAAGUUACCAUUACCUUUACACAAGUAUUAA